AAAGAAAGAAGAAGACAUGAAAGGGGCAGUUUAGGUCCAUUUACUAGGGAGAACCCAAGAAGGCUCAAGAAUGGGCUUUUGACCCAUGAAUCCGUUUCUUUCCCGGGCUUUACAAUGAUCUUCUUCGUUCGAAGAACAAAAUCGCCACCGCCAGGUUUCGCUCCAGGCUUCCCGGUUUCGAGAUUCUCCAAACCGGGAAGAGGCCGCUGGUGACCGGAUAAAAGAUGGAAUACAGAAACAAACUAGUUCUGGCGCCUAUGGUCCGCGUUGGAACAUUGCCAUUUAGGUUAGUAGCUGCAGAGUAUGGUGCAAAUAUAACAUAUGGGGAGGAAAUUAUUGAUCACAAGCUGCUCAAGUGUGAGCGGCGGAUUAACGAUAUCAUCGGAAGUACCGAUAUCGUGGAGAAAGGAACGGAUUCUGUUGUUUUCAGAACGUGCCCUGAAGAAAGAAAUAGGGUGGUCUUUCAGAUGGGCACCUCUGAUGCAGUAAGGGCUCUUAAAGCUGCAGAGAUGGUGUGCAAGGAUGUUGCAGCUCUGGACAUCAACAUGGGUUGCCCGAAAGCUUUUUCCAUAAGUGGAGGAAUGGGUGCUGCUCUGUUGAGUAAACCUGAGCUCAUUCAUGACAUUUUAACAACCUUAAAGAGGAAUUUGGAUAUUCCUGUCACAUGCAAGAUUCGACUGUUGAAAGCAACUCAAGAUACAGUGGAAUUGGCUCGGAGAAUUGAGAAAGCUGGUGUUCCUGCUCUUGCUGUCCAUGGAAGGAAAGUUGCAGACAGGCCAAGAGACCCUGCUCAGUGGGAUGAAAUCGCCAAUGUUGUUUCUGCGGUUUCUAUUCCAGUUAUAGCUAAUGGAGAUGUAUUUGAGUUUAAGGAUUUUGAACGCAUCAAAACUGUUACUGGUGCUUCUUCUGUUAUGGUUGCCAGAGGUGCUUUAUGGAAUGCUUCCAUAUUUUGUCCUGAUGGGAAGCUACCUUGGGAGGAGGUUAAAAGAGAGUACAUAAGAAAGAGUAUUUUAUGGGAUAAUGAUCUCAAAAGCACAAAGCACACUCUGAAGGAAAUGAUAAUGCAUCACUCUUGUCUUGAAUUUCCUGAAGGAAAGUCGGUGAUUAAGGCAGAGACAUUAAUGGAUCUUGCGCGUCUUUACGGAGAAGAGGACUACUAUAAGUUUGUUGAGUCUACAUGGCAGCAGCAGUGCUUUAAAUUGUGAAGUGUAAACUUGGUCCUGAUUACAGUUACAGUUAGAGGACGAUACAAAUUAGGGACAACGAGCCACCUUUGUUAUGCUAGCGGAGAAGCGAUUCUGGAAGCUACUUCUACCUUGUAAUUUGAUUUGAUCUGAUGUAAUUUCUCAGAUGCUCAGUGGAACCAUUCAGUUUGGGAAGGAUUUCAAUGAAUAGGAAUAUAGGUUUGCACUUUGCAGGUCACCUUCCUCAUGUAUCAUGUUUUGUUGUAUGUACUUAAAAAUGGUGUUUGGGCAACACCAUGGAGGCAUGGAUUAGGAUUUGUGUAAAGGGAUGAAUGGGUUCCUCUUUUGUUCGCUUCGAUUUUGCAUUGUUUCUUUAUUGAAAUAUUGCAUCAAAUUCAUGAAUUGGUCCAUUUGUUUGAUCACAAUCCA